AAAUGGCAGAGAACCAAAAUCUCGACAGGGAUUAGCCCCUUUGAGACUUGAGAGGAGCGAGAAGAGAGAGACUUUUACUGCUACAGCUUAAAGAAGGGGAAAAACUUUUGAUUUUUAGUUUUUUUUUUCUUACGACGUUUCGAUCCGAAAUCCCUCACAAAUCACGCCUUGAAACUUGCUACAUCUUUUAUUCCCAAGUCCUAACGUUCAUCUUCCGUCCCUCCCUAGUCCUUCCUCUUCCUUCUCUCUGCACCGUUGAAACGUUAUGAGAUUACUGCUUUAUGCUUCACUCUGUAACACCUUUGAUUGCUAGAUCACUUUAGUGUUUUCGUCGUCAACAUCUCUCUCUCUGUCUUUCUGUUUUGCUGGUUUCAACUUCAAUGGCAUAGUGCUUUGGUUCAGAGCAACAAUGAAGCUUUCUCGAUUGGAUCAAGUUGACCCAGAUCUUCAAUCUGUUUGAUUCUACUGAAGUGUGCUUCUUUCUCGAUUAGUAGCUCGGCUUCGUGGUUACCCAGUAAUCAUCGUUUUAAUAUACAAAGGGUGGCGUCAAAAUCUUUUUCUAGAAAGGAGAUCAGAAAUGUUGACCUGCAUUGCGUGUUCGAAGCAGCUCAAUGACAAGAGAUCUCUUCCCCAACAAGAUGAGCACGAAGAAGCCGUGGAUACGCCCAGCACCAAGCAGGCCAUCAAGGCCCUCACCGCACAGAUCAAGGACAUGGCAGUGAAGGCUUCUGGGGCAUACAGAAAUUGCAAGCCUUGUUCAGGAUCUUCAAAUGGUAACCGGAACCAGAACUAUGCUGAUUCUGAUAUGGCUUCCGAAUCAGCGAGAUUUCACUGGGCGUACAAAAGAGCUGGCAGUUCCAACUCAACCCCAAGACUUUGGGGGAAGGAGAUGGAGGCGAGACUGAAAGGGCUCUCUAGCGGCGAAGGAACGCCGGCGUCGGUGAGUGGUCGGACUGAGUCGGUGGUAUUCAUGGAGGAGGAUGAGCCCAAGGAAUGGGUUGCUCAAGUAGAGCCUGGCGUGCUUAUCACUUUUGUUUCAUUGCCUCAGGGUGGUAAUGAUCUGAAGCGAAUACGGUUCAGCCGGGAAAUGUUUAAUAAAUGGCAAGCUCAAAGGUGGUGGGCUGAGAAUUAUGACAAGGUCAUGGAGUUGUACAAUGUUCAAAGGUUCAAUGAACAAGCAGGUCCGCUGCCAACCCCGCCGAGAUCUGAAGAUGAGAGCUCGAAGAUUGAAUCUGUUAGAGACAGCCCUGUCACUCCUCCUCUUAACAAAGAGCGUCCGCCCCAUCAUCUCCUUCACCGUCAAAUGGGAAUGGGAUACUCAUCAUCGGAUUCGCUGGAUCACCACACGAUGCAACAGCGCCCUUGCUAUGAAACAAGCGGUUUAGCUUCGACACCAAAACUCUCUGGCAUCAGUGGGGCAAAGACUGAAACGUCAUCCUUAGAUGGUUCUGUGAGGACUAGUUCAUCAAGAGAGGGAGAUCAGUCUGGCGAGCUUUCACUCAGCAAUGCCAGCGAUAUGGAGACUGAAUGGGUUGAACAGGAUGAACCAGGAGUAUACAUCACCAUCAGAGCACUGCCAGGGGGAACCCGAGAGCUCAGGCGUGUACGGUUCAGCCGAGAAAGGUUCGGAGAAAUGCAUGCGAGGUUGUGGUGGGAGGAGAACCGUACGAGGAUACAGGAGCAAUAUUUGUGAUCAUAUCAUAGCAAAGCUAUUUCUAUAGACAAACUGUUUGGGCAGACUAACAGGAUGAGAAAGUACAGCGUGAAAGUAAACGUAGACAGAUGUGAGCGAUGGAUAGAUGCGUUCUGUGUAUUCUGAGGUUCUGUUUCUUUGUUUUCUUCAGUUGAUAAAACAAGUGCAAGUGACUUAGUCUGUAACUCGGGAAGAACUCUGGAAUCUGUACUUCACUGUGGGGGGCAUGUAUGACGGGAUGCUGAUAAGUAGGGAAAAUAACUUGCACCGUGAAAUUUAGUCAAUAUUGUAACUUGUCUGGGGAUGGUUAAAUGCUUUUUCUUCGUCUUAUAUGAACUUUAAUCUUUGCUAUCA